AUGACCGGGCAAAGUUCAUCGCAGAAACUAGAAUGGAUAAUUCGCUGGCAGGAGCGAAUAUUACGGCUAACUGGUAUCAAUUAUUUCAGCGCUGAUUUCAAAAUCAAUUUUCUGACUCUCGUGACAAUAGCGAUGGCGUCCUUUUUCACUGUUGUACACAUUAUAGAUCUGUACAUUUUUCGAGAUGACAUAUUCAACUUCACCUUUGUGUUGAUAACGCUGUGCUAUUGCAUUGUCGGAUGGAUUCGACUUGGAAAUGGUUUGAAGGAUUCUGAAGCAAUUUCAUCUUUAGUGGCGACUGCUGUAGAAACGCAUAGAAAAGCUUCCACCGAUCAGCGCGUACAAAACAUUCUGAACAGUUUUGUCAAUCUUUUGAGACAAGCGGUUGUCAUUUACAGCGUGUUGUUUGUUGGAGGAUGUGUUUUGGCUGGAUUAAUACCUGCUGUCGUUUAUUCGUGGAACAGUGAAGUGUUGCUUCCAUUUGGGAUCAUUCUCCCGUUUGUAGAUUCUGCAACGCGAUCAGGCUACCAAUACAAUUACGCCUCUCAGAUACUGUGUAUUAUGUAUUUUCCGCCGGCAAUCGCUGCCACCCAAAAUAUAUAUUUUGUGCUAGUAUUCAAUAUUUGCAUCGAGUAUGAGCUACUGAUGUUGAAACUAACCGAGCUAAAUCAAAUCAUAAACGAUAACAGUGAAGAAAAUGUCAACGAAUUCAUUCAUGAUAAACUGGUGGAAAUUGUUCGUUAUCAUCAAAGGGUUAAUGAAUUUGUUACGAGAUUUGAAGAGUUAUAUUCCCAUCAGAUCUUCAUGGAAAUUAGCUGUGAUGCUUUUCAGAUCAUCAUCACGUUAUUUGUUCUGCAUAUCGAGCCCUGGGUUCCCGGUUACCUUGUAAUUUUGAUUGCGACAUUUCAGUUGUUUUUGUAUUGCUUGUUGGGAACACUAAUCGACAUCAAAACUGACGUGCUUUCAGAAUGUAUCUACGAUGUCAGCUGGCAUAAACUACCGAAGCAGGAGCAAAAGAUUGUACAAUUUAUGCUACAGAUUUCUCAAUCUCCUCGUCAAUUGACCUACGGGGGAUUGGUACCUUUAAACAUGAACCUAUUUCAAUCGAUUUAUCGCAAGAUCUAUUCGGUAUUUAUGAUGCUACAGACCGUUAAUGAGUAA